AGCACUAGUAAGAGUAGCAUUAGCGACGAAAAUAUACCGUAGAACUAGUGAGCAAAUAACGUACUUAAUCUAGGCAAAUCCAGACAACUGCGGAGCUGGAUCUGGGACUGGAGUGUACAGGAAUCACGUCAGUGUGGAUAUAGGAUUCGCUGAUCGUGGAGGAUCGGGGAGCGGAGGCUUUAUAGCAGUUUAUAACUGCGCCACAGUGAGAUGGCGGAGGACACGCUGAUGCUGAAUAUCACCUCCGGCCCAGCAGCCCCAGCCUGCAGCUCCAGAAACAGGAAGAAGAGACCCUUCAAGGCUGCAGAGAAAUGGAAAAAGAGAGGAGCUGAGAAGAGGAAGCUGCCGCCGGGACCCCAUGGGCCCCCCGCCAAGCAGAAAGCCCGCCCCGCCCCGCAGGGCAACACCACCCUCAAACACUGCCCCAGACGCACUCCCCAAAAACGGACACCUCAGAGUGUGCAGGAAGGGGGGCAGACUGAAAAACACGCCCAGAAAACCGCCAGAGCACCACAACCUCCCCAAAAGAGCCAGUUGGAUGAGGGGAAAGGUUCGGACAGACUGUUUAUUAAGACCUCGUCACUCUUCAGAAACAACCCGGACAUCCCCAGCCUGGACAGGCCCCCGGUGAAGCAGCUGUCGGAGAAAGUGUUCACCAGCGACUCCUUUGCAGAGUUGGAGCUCCACCCACACCUGCUCUCAACUCUAACCAAUGUUCUGAAGGUGACCAGCAUGACCAGUGUGCAGAAGCGGGCCAUUCCUGUGCUCCUGGGAGGGAGAGAUGCAGUCAUACGCUCUCAGACAGGAUCAGGUAAAACGCUGGCGUACGGAAUUCCACUGGUGCAGGCCCUGCAAGCUGUGCAGCCCAAGAUCAAGCGCGGGGACGGGCCACUCGCUGUCAUCGUCGUCCCCACCAGAGAGCUCGCCCAGCAGAGUUUCCAGAUCAUCCAAAAGCUGCUGAAGCCCUUUACCUGGAUUGUGCCUGGAGUGUUGAUGGGAGGGGAGAAGAGGAAGUCGGAGAAAGCACGGUUGAGGAAGGGCGUUAACAUCCUGAUCUCCACACCGGGACGGCUGGUCGACCACAUCAAAAACACCCUGAGCAUCGUGCUGAGUGGAGUUCGCUGCCUCGUCCUGGACGAGGCGGACAGGACUCUGGACCUGGGCUUUGAGAAGGACCUGAGCGUGAUCCUGAACGCCCUGAACACCGCCGCCCCCGCCCGGCAGAACAUCCUGCUGUCGGCCACCCUCACCGAAGGUGUCUCCAGGUUAGCUGGGAUCAGCUUGAAGGAUCCAGUCAGCAUCCAGGUGUCUGAGCCCCUCAGGGAGAUUUGUGAAUCAGCGAGGCCGACCUCUGACCCCGCACAGCCAACCUCUGACCCUGCAGGCCCCGGUCUGACGGACAGUUUCGCAGUGCCUGAGAAGCUGCAGCAGCAUGUGGUGGUGGUCCCCAGCAAACUGCGCCUGGUCUGCCUGGCUGCCUUCAUCCUGGGCAAGUGCAAGUUCGAGUCGGGACACAAGCUGAUCGUGUUCCUGUCCAGCCGGGAGGCGGUGGACUUCCUGCUGAUGCUCUUCACUGCUGUGCUGUGUGGAAAAACAGAGCCCUCUGCCACGCCCACACAGCGCCCCCCGCUGGCCUUCCUCAAACUGCACGGCAGCAUGGCGCAGGAGGAGAGAACUGAGGUUUUCCGCGAGUUUUCCCACAGCAGCACAGGCGUCCUGCUGUGCACGGAUGUGGCAGCGCGUGGGUUGGAUCUUCCUCAGGUGACCUGGAUUGUACAGUAUAAUCCUUCGUGCUCGGCGGCGGAGUACAUUCACCGUGUUGGUCGCACGGCACGCAUCGGCUCUCACGGGAGCAGCCUCCUCUUCCUCACGCCCUCCGAAAGCGCCUACCUGAACGUGCUGGCCAAUCACAACAUCAGCCUGUCAGAGCUGAAGAUGGAGGACAUCCUGUCCAGCCUCAUGCAGGACGAGCGCUUCAGGGGCAGGGGGAAGUGGGGCCGCAAGACUCCAGGUGCUCAGAAGCAGGAGGUGUGUGAAAGAGCCACGGUGCUGCAGACGGAGUUUGAGAAUGUGGUUCACAGCAGCGAGGACUCGCUGCAAAUGGCCAAGAGAGCACUGCAGUCCUUCCUGCGGGCGUACACCACCUACCCAGCCAGCCUCAAGCACAUCUUCCACAUCCGCUGCCUGCACUUGGGCCACGCCGCCAAGAGCUUCGGCCUGAGAGACGCCCCCCAGGGCCUGGCGGGGGCCGGGGGGGCUGGGGGGGCCCAGGGCAAAGAGAAGAGAGCCCCCAGGAAGCCGAGCAGCAGGGAGCGAAUGUUGAAGCUUCUGUGUGCCGAGUACGCCAGUGGCAUGGAGGGAGACUCCACCCCCAAGAGGAAGAGGAGGAGGAAGCAGCAGCAGCCGUCGGCGGAGGCCAGCUGAACAGCGGCCCCGUGUCCUGCUUUAGCCGGCACUCAGAGCUCUCCCUGUCGCAGCUGCCGGACCCAGCAGCGUUCAGACGCAGCGGCGCUCUAACCUGGGAUAAGGGAUAGUGCAAGUGCAGAGACCACCAAUCAAAUGCAGCAGGGGGUUCACCCUCUCAGCGGGGGAGCAGCUGACACACAGCACUCUGACUCACUCAGUCUCAGCUCGGAGCGUUGCCACCAAACACACGCCGAGCUGCCUGCAGGCAGCAGGGGACGCAGCAGAGACUGACCGCAUUUAGGUGCUUCUGGGAGGGUGUGGCAUCUUCACCCCCAUCCUUCCCAAAUCCCACCUGCAGCCUCCUGCUAUGCGCUGCCGCUCACCCCCUCACCCCACAGCCCACUGCUGGUGUCCCCCUACAGAGGGUAUGAGUGCCCAGGUGGGCUUUUGUUUUGUUUUUAUUUUAGGGGAGGAUCCAACCUCAAAUGAGCUGUCAUGGUGUGACUGUGUUAGAGUUUAAUUAUAUGAAUCUUGUGUGUUCUUGUGUGCAAGGGUGAGAGAGAGAGCAAGAAAGA